UCUAAUCUCGACUGUCGUUAGUGUGUACAUAGUUUGUGGUGGAAAAAAAGCUGCGGCGGCGGCGUCUGGAUUUGCGUUAAAUUUUAUGAUCUUUUACGCCUGAACCAUCGGCUCGAAUCUGAUUUUACAGCCAUGUCAACUGGACCUACACAUAAACAUCGUUAUAAAAAUGUAGGAUUAGACUCACAAGAAUUACGGAGGCGCAGAGAAGAAGAGGGAGUACAAUUAAGAAAGCAAAAACGUGAGCAGCAGUUAUCAAAACGUCGCAAUGUCCCUAAUAUUGUUCCAGAUGAGGAUAAUGUUACAGCUACGGAUGAAUAUUCACUUCCUACAACACAAUCGCAAUCCCCCGGUAUUAUAACAACUGAAAUGGUAGAUGCAUUAUAUAGUCCUAACAUACAAGAUCAACUGGCUGCAACACAGAAAUUUAGAAAAUUAUUAUCAAGAGAGCCAAAUCCUCCCAUAGAUGAAGUGAUACAAACAGGAAUUGUGCCACAAUUUGUCGAAUUUCUUAAAAAUAAUACAAAUUGCACUCUACAGUUUGAAGCAGCAUGGGCUUUGACAAAUAUAGCAAGCGGUACAUCUCAGCAAACACGUAUCGUGAUAGAUGCAGGAGCUGUUCCUACUUUCAUUUCUUUACUUGGUUCUGAAUAUGAAGAUGUACAAGAACAAGCUGUUUGGGCAUUGGGCAAUAUUGCAGGGGAUAGUCCCGAAUGCAGAGAUCAUGUAUUAGCCAACGGUAUCCUCCCUUCACUUUUGCAAGUACUAUCAAAGGCGACGCGUCUCUCAAUGACCCGCAAUGCGGUAUGGGCAUUAUCAAAUUUGUGUCGAGGAAAAAAUCCGGCACCAGCUUUCGCAAAAGUCGCACCAUGUCUACCGGUAUUAGCACAUCUUCUUAAUCAUACUGAUUAUGAUGUACUUGCUGAUGCUUGUUGGGCACUUUCUUAUUUGAGCGACGGUCCAAAUGAUAAGAUACAAGCUGUUAUCGAUGCCGGUGUUUGUAGACGCCUUGUAGAACUUCUUAUGCAUGAACAGAAUAAUGUAAUAAGUGCAGCUCUUCGUGCUGUAGGAAAUAUAGUUACCGGAGAUGAUGUGCAAACUCAAGUUGUGUUAAAUUGUUCAGCAUUACCAUGUCUAUUGCAUCUUUUAAGUUCGCCACGGGAAAGUGUUCGUAAAGAAGCUUGUUGGACAGUUUCUAAUAUCACUGCUGGUAAUCCCCAGCAGAUACAAGCGGUGAUUGAUGCUAAUAUCUUUCCGGUUUUAAUUGAAAUUUUAAGUAAAGCUGAAUUUAAAACACGUAAAGAAGCAGCUUGGGCAAUUACAAAUGCUACUAGCGGCGGAACUGCUGAUCAAAUUCGAUAUCUUGCAAUGCAGGGAUGUAUUCCGCCAUUGUGUGAUCUACUUACUGUUAUGGAUGCCAAAAUUGUUCAGGUUGCUUUGAAUGGAUUAGAAAAUAUUCUGCGUUUGGGAGAACAAGAUGCACCUAUGCAUAAUGGUCUUAAUCCUUAUGCAGUUCUUAUCGAAGAAUGUUAUGGCCUAGAUAAGAUAGAAUUCUUGCAAUCUCAUCAAAAUAUGGAUAUUUAUCAGAAGGCCUUUGAUAUUAUUGAGCGAUUCUUUGGAUCUGAAGAAGAGGAUACUAGACUUGUGCCCUCCAUCGAUUCACAAGGGCAGGAAUAUCAAUUCACUGCACCAGAUUCUUCCCAACUACCAGUGCAAGGCUUUGAGUUUUAAUCAAUUAUAUUUAAAUUCUGAAUCUUAUUUCAUUAAGUGUUAUUUGUUCUAUGGGGUUUAAAGUAUCUCUAAAAUCGAUACAACAAGACAUGAUUUUACUUACUUGCCCAUAAAACUUCAAUUUAUUUGUAUUAAAAAUACUAAUAGAGUAACCCAAAAUUAUCCAUUUUUUUUCAUUGAAUUAAAAACAGUAAAAUCUGUAUAAUUUUAAUGAUUUUUUUUUUCUCAUUCUGGAUAAACUGUAAUGCACUGUGUAUGUUAUGAUGUAAAAUCUCUUUAUUGUUUUUGAAACCUAUGUCAAAUUGCGACAAUGUUUGCAUUAAAACCUUGAAACAAUUUGUAUAGGAACUUUAUAGACUCAUACCUGCAUGUAUUUAGUGUAUGAGAUGUUCAGUUUAUGAGGCAUAAACAUUUUAGUGCUUAAGAGUAGAAGUGAAGACAAAAUGAUCGAGACAAUUUAUCAAGGCAGAUUCAUAUCUCGUCCGACUUUUGACUGACACAAUUACGAAAAAAUAAAACUAGCAUUAUAUCCUGCGAGAUACUAACUGAAUGACUGAAGUACGCGACUAUGUAGCCAACACGGACAACAUUACGCAACGGGGUAUUCAUCUUAUUAUACUAGAUAGAAACAUGACCAAUUAAACUUUUUUACUGUAAAUACGUAUCUCGUAAUUUUAAGGCUAUUCUAUACAGAGUGCCCUUAAGAAAUAAAGUAAUAAUCGCAUCUGUCCAUCAAUACAAUAUUCAUCAGUUUAAAAUUGGUUGAAAUAUUUAUUGUAUUUUAUAAUAAGCAUGUUUGUAUCAAGAUACAUACAAUGCUUAGUUCUUUUGUAUUAAUAAUCAUGCAAGAGAAAAUGCUGAUUCAGCUAAUGUAUAAACUUAAUCUAUUUUUGUCCAGUAUCACAAUUGGUUGGUCUUAAUCAUAAACAUCUGCAAAAGUUGAAUGAUUGAAUAAAUGAUUUUUAUAUAUUAUAUAGUUUCAUAAUUAAAUUUUUUUUAAUAUUACGUUUUUUUCAUUCCUUUUGUUAUGCAGGUGAUAAAAAUAAAUAGUAUUGGAUUUGUACAGCACAUUAUUGUUAAAUUUUGGACAUUCUGUAUGAAAAGUCUGUGACUGUAUAUAUAUAUAAAACAUAUUUAUUAUUUAGGUUUGACGACAUACUAUACUUAUAUUAUAUAAAUUAUAUAUACCAUCUCGACUUUCAGUUACCGAUUUGAAUUACGACAGAAAAUGACUGUACUAUAAUUCAGUAAUUGAAACUUUGCUGAUUUAUCAUUUUAGCCAAUUAUGCGGCUAUAGAUAUUUAUUGCCAAUUUAUGAAAUAACUAAUCAAGUAAUACGUAGACAUAGAAAAAAAAAAUUGUCAUGUAUUGUGCGUGCCGUUUCUAAUUAAAAUGUGGGAGAAAAAUCCUCUAUAAAAUUAUUACUUGAGAAAGCAUAUAAAGAUAUUUUUUCGGUAUUUUUAAUCACUUAAAUCAACAGCUUUUAAGUACAUUGUGAAAUAUUUAUUAAUUAAUUAUAGAGAAAUAGUUUUCUGUUAUUGUAGUUAUUUUAAAACAACUUUUAACUAUUUUGACAUUAAUUGUGUUAAUAAAACCUACUAUUAUCCUGUCAAUUAAAAUGCAUGUAGAUUGAAUUAAAUAUGUAUUUAUGUAUAAAUUUAUCACUAAUUUCUUUUGUUUAAAGAUAUAUUUCAUUGCUUAAAGAAAAUUGAAAAAUUCUGAUGAUGAAAUGAGCAUCGUGAAUAUAUAUUUUAUUUUAUUUAUAUAUAUAUAUUUCCCCAAGAGUUAUAUUAUAAAUUGAUAAAGAAUUUAAAAUAGAAUUUAUAUAAAUAAUUGUUAAUGUUCAUGUUAUUUUAAGUUGAUUUUUUUAUUAGUUUUUAAAAAAUAUUUGAGAAAAGGAGGUAUUUUAUGAACUUGAUAUUUCUGAUUAUAUAGAAUUAUAAAAAAAGCCUAUAGAGGAUUAACAAUCUUCUAUAAAAAUUAUAUAAAAAAUAAAAAUUACACCAGAUCAGAUACAUGACAAUAUUUAUAUUUCAUAUAUGUGAAUCAUUCUUUUCAUAUCUACUAUGUUAUGUAGGGUUGUGCUAGAGUUGUGUUCCGAUAUUCACUGCCAGUACUUAAAAUCUAUAAUAUAUGACAUAAACUAUAGAUUUUCACUGGCAGUGAAUAUCGGAACGCAGCUUAGAUAUUUUGAUUUAUUUUUAGAACAAGUUUGCAAAUAAUAAACACCUAAUAAAUAUUUUUUUUAUAUAUUAUUUAUUAUAUAUAUGAAAUCACAUUUUAUACAAAAUUAAGUUUUUGUUACUUCUUUAUGUUUAUAAUUGUAGUAAUAACUUGCUUGUAACAAUAACAUUGUAAUUUUUCUAAAUCUAUUCCGAAUUAUUUUAUUUAUUAAAUUAAAAUUAUAAUGAAAAGGUUUAGAUUUAUAAAUUGGCAGUAAGUAUGAUAUGAUACUAGACAUUAUUCAAUUACUGCCAGACUGUACAGACUGCCGACUGACACAUUAAUACGAAAAUCGAAAUAUACACAUGAAAUAAUCCUAAUUGUAUUUUAUUUUAAAGCUAAAUAAAAAUAUAUUCGGAAAUAUA